UGACCUGAAGUUUUCGCGCCAACGCGAUGCAUUGUGGGCAUAGUAAGCGGAAGUCUGCCGGUUGUUUGUGUCUAUGUGGGCAGGGUGUUCUCGUGUUUUGGUCAUCAGGGUUUAACUGCAGGGGAUUUUAAAACUUCGCUGAAACUGUGAGUGUAAGUUUCUACGAAUGCGGGGCGAAGAGUCGUCGGAUUCGGAGUCGGGGAGGAUGGAGGAAAGUUCAGUCCGGAGGAGUUUGGAGACCUUGUGUCAGGAGUUGAACAUGGACGGGCAGACGGCAACUGAAGCCAUGGAGAACUUCACUGCCAUAUGGAAUACUUACACACUGGAGGGGGAGCUGGUGCACUGCCUGGCCUGCGCUCUGUAUGCAGCCUGCAGGAAGGGCUCCACACCCACAGUGGGCAAAGGGCUGAUGGAGGGAAACUGUGUCUCUCUCACCAGGAUCCUUCGCUCCUCCAAACUCAGCCUGAUCCAGUUCUUCUCAAAGAUGAAGAAGUGGGCCGACAUGUCCAACCUGUCGCAUGACUUCAGGCUGCGCAUUGAGCGGUUGGAGCGCAACUUCGAAGUUUCCACAGUGAUCUUCCGCAAGUUUGAGCCCAUCUUCAUGGACAUGUUCCAGAACCCACAGGGGGGCGAGCCACCACGGCAGCCGCGCAGCAGGAAACACAGGCGGCUUCCCUGUCACAUCAGCGAUUUGUUCAAGUUCUGCUGGACUCUGUUCGUCUAUGCCAAAGGUAACUUCCGUAUGAUCGGUGAUGACCUGGUCAACUCGUACCACCUGCUGCUCUGCUGUCUGGACCUGGUGUUCGGCAACGCUUUGCUCUGCGCCAACAGGAAGGACCUCAUCAACCCAGCGUUCAAAGGUCUGCCUGCUUCGUACUGGGCUGACGGUCACACUUCAGCGGAUGAGCCUCCUCCGUGCGUGUUAGAGAGGCUGUGUGAGCUGCAUGACGGGCUGGUGGUGGAGGCCAAAGGCAUCAAACAGUACUACUUCAGACCCUACAUACAGAAACUGUUCCAGAGACAGAUCCUGAGAGGCAACGAGGAGCAUUUAACAGAAAUGCUGGAUCCACACAACUUCAUUGAUAACAGUAAAGCCAUAAACAGGGAGUAUGAGGAGUACGUGUUGACGGUGGGAGAUUUCGAUGAGCGCGUGUUUCUUGGAGUCGAUGCUGAUGAGGAAAUUGGAACUCCAAGGAAGAUUGUGCAGGAAACGUCUACCAGCCAGAAACAGCUACAACAUGUAGAGAAGUCCGGUUCUUUGGCUCCCUCCACCCCUCUGACCGGGCGGGGCUACUUGAAGGAGAAGGACCUGCUCGUUACACCUGUGUCCUCAGCGACGCAGAGCGUUAGCCGGCUGCAAAGCAUGGUGGCCAGUUUGAGGACAGCACCCAGCGACCAGCUGAUGCAGAUCUUCAAGUUGUGCUCCAGAGACCCCACAGAGUCCAUACUGGCCAGAGUAAAGACCCUGGGACAAACCUUCAAAGAACAUUACACCAAAGACUCUGAGGACGCGCCCGGCUCUCACAUAGACUUUGCAGAGAACCGUCUGAAGCUGGCUGAGAUCCUUUACUACAAGAUCCUGGAGAACGUCAUGGUUCAGGAGAUGAAACGGCUGCAGGGCAAAGACAUGAGCGUGUUGUUGGAGCAGGAUAUCUUCCAUUGUUCCCUGAUGGCGUGUUGUCUAGAGGUGGUAUUGUUCUCCUACAGCUCCCAGAGGACGUUCCCCUGGAUCAUCAAUGUCUUCAAAUUGGCCCCAUUCUAUUUCUAUAAGGUGAUCGAGGUGUUUAUCCGCUCAGAGGAAGGUCUGUCCAGAGACAUGGUGAAGCACCUGAACUCAAUCGAGGAGCAGGUUCUGGAGAGCAGAGCGUGGACCUCAGACUCUGCCCUGUGGAGUGCCCUGCAGGCUGCUGAGAACAGAGUCCCCACAGUAGAGGAGGUGAAUUUCUCCUCCAAUCUUGACAGCGGUUCUGGUCUCACCAGUGGAGGGCCGUCCUAUCUGCCUCUGCUCACCCUCUCCCCCAUUAUCCACCCUCGUAUCAGGGAGUUCAGAUCAGGUCUGGAUAGUGCACGCAAAGAUGUGCCUCCCUCCCCAUUGUCAGUCCACGACAGGUAUAGCUCCCCAGCAGCUGGCUCUUUGGUUAAACGCCGGCUCUUUGGCGACGAUCCUCCGGCCCCAAAGACGGGACUGAACCCCGGUAUGAGCCCGGCCUCGUCUCCAGCCAAAAGGCUGACGUUUGGUUCGAGCAGCACCCUGAGGAUUGGAGAACAGGAGACCCAGACCACCAUCCCCGUCCUGAGCAUCCCACUGCAAGUUGCAGCUCGGAGUAAUGACUGCACAAUUACACUGAUCCCGGUUCAGCCAUGUGACUCCACUGCUCAGUUCCUGGUGACCGCCUCCCCAAGCCGAGCAGCCACCGCACACACCACCUCUGAGGCCCAGACAGGAAAUGGCCGGCCUCGACGCACCGGAUCCCUCGCGCUGUUCUUUAGGAAGGUGUAUCACUUGGCCAGCGUACGUCUGAGGGACCUGUGCGCCAGGCUGGACAUCUCCUCAGAGCUGCGAGGGAAAAUCUGGACGUGUUUUGAACAUGCUGUGGUCCACUGCACAGAUCUGAUGAAGGACAGACACCUGGACCAGCUGCUGCUGUGCAGCAUUUCCAUCAUAUCCAAAAUCACUAAAGAGACUCUCACCUUCCAGGACAUCAUGAAGUAUUAUCGCAGCCAACCACAGGCCAGCAGCCAUUCAAAGUGCCGACACAACCGGAAGACAGGUAGAGGAAACCGCAUUAUUUAA